AUGCUACAACCAUCUGCCCAAGGAAGCUACAGCAAGGCCGUGCUGUCGACAUUUCGAUCCCUGGAUGAUCUCACCUGUGAUGGUUCCAAAAUCAUUCUCGAUGGCCAAUCGCUCAAUGUGAGCUCAGUGGUCGCCGCAGCAUGCCAUCAAGUGCCAGCGUCAAUCAGCAAGGACCCGCAGCUUCAUGCGCGGCUGCGAGAAAGCGUCGAGCUGCUUGCCCGCAAGCUGGCUGAAGGCGAAAUCGCCUAUGGGGUCAACACCGGGUUUGGUGGCAGCGCUGACACCCGCACCGAUGACUAUUCCACCCUGCAGCAGGCACUGGUCCAGCAUCUGGCGUCCGGUGUGUUGCUGCCCACCGACCGCAGCAGUAGUCGACCAUCGUCGCGGUACCCGCAUGGUUUGAGAAGCCAUAGCAUGCCCACAGCCGUGGUCAAGGCUGCCAUGCUCGUCCGAUGUAACUCACUCUUGCGAGGGCAUUCCGCCGUCCGCCCCGAAGUCAUUGAGCACAUCCUGGCUUUCCUACGCAGUGGUCUAAUCCCGGUGGUGCCUGUUCGGGGGAGCAUCUCGGCAUCCGGCGACCUGUCCCCGCUCUCGUAUAUCGCCAACGCUCUCGAGGGGAACCCCGACAUUGCUAUCCAGAAUGAGGCCACUGGGGACGUCAUCCGCGCCGACGAGGCGUUGCAGCAGUUGGGCCUUGCGCCUCUCAGGUUCGGGCCCAAGGAGGGCCUGGGCCUGCUCAACGGCACGGCCUUUAGCGCUGGCGCCGCCAGCUUGGUCCUCUUCGAAGCCAACCAGCUCGUGCUCCUUUCCCAGGUACUGACAGCGAUGGGAACGGAAGCGCUGGCGGGCUCGACCGGGAACUACCAUCCCUUCAUUGCGGGCGUCCGUCCCCACCGCGGGCAAAUCGAGGCGGCCGGAAACAUCUUCCACUUACUGCGGGACUCGCGCAUGGCCACCAGCCCUGGCGCCGAUGGCGCAAGCCACAGUAGUAGCUUGGCGCAGGACCGGUAUGCGCUUCGCACCGCAUCCCAAUGGAUAGGCCCACAGAUCGAAGACAUGUCUCUUGCUUCGGAACAGGUCCACUGCGAAUUGAACUCCACCACAGACAAUCCCUUGCUGGAUCCGGGCUCGGGCCACAUGCACCAUGGAGGGAACUUCCAGGCCACUUCGAUUACCAGUGCCAUGGAGAAGACCAUGAGCGCGAUGCAGAUGCUUGGCCGCAUGAUCUUUUCCCAGUGUACCGAGCUCAUCAACCCGGCCUUGAACAAUGGGCUGCCACCAAACCUCUCCUUCGACGACCCCAGUCUGUCGUUCACCAUGAAAGGAAUCGACAUCAACAUGUCGGCAUACAUGGCCGAAUUAAGCUACCUGAAUCACCACGUCAGCAACCACGUCCAGUCCGCCGAGAUGCACAACCAGGGCCUCAACUCCCUCGCCCUGGUCGCCAGCCGCUACGCGGCCGAGACGGUCGAGGUCUUGUCCUUGAUGGCCGCGGCAUAUCUCUAUGCACUGUGUCAGGCGCUCGAUCUCCGGGCCUGCCACCUGGAGUUCCUCCGCGACGCUCGCAGCACGGUCGAUAGCCUCACCGCCGAGUUAUGCCUGUCAUUCUCCCCCCUGUUGUCCGAGUCCGACCAGCGUCAGAUCCAGGAUUCCACAUGGGAGCAGCUCCUGCACCACUGGAACCGAAGCAGCACCAGCGACCUCCACGACCGCAGUCGCAAUGCGGCGAGUCACACGAUGGGUGCCCUCGUCGAGCUGCUGCCGAUGCAGCUGAACGAAGCGACUGCUCUGCCCACUCGCAUCGCCCCCCAGCAGCAGUGGCUCGACGAGGUGUCUGCCACGUUGGCUGGCAGCUACGAUGCAACCCGAGCCAAGUUCCAAUCCAAUCCGACCACCCCCUUCUAUCUCUGCAGUGCAUCCCGCAGGAUGUACGAAUUCGUGCGCAAGGGGCUGGGGGUGCCGCUUCACCGCGGGAUUGUUGACCACCCGACCUAUCCUUCUGUAACCGAGGAGCACGCUGGCAAGGAGCUGAUCGGGUCGCAGGUGAGCAAGAUCUACAUGGCAUUGCGUGGAGGUGCGUUCCGUGACGUGCUACAAGAUUGUUGGUAUAGUUCGGAUUCUGUGUGGGGUUUUGCUGGCGAGGAACUGGUUUUGGCUUCCAAGUUGUGA